AUGAACUCCUCUUUGGUUGGCAACCAGAGUGGCCGGCCGUUCUGUCUCCUGGCCAUUAGCUAUUUGGAGACCAUCAAUUUUUGCCUCCUGGAAGUGGUUAUUAUUGUGUUCCUCAUGGUGCUGAUUAUUUCGGGCAACAUUAUUGUGAUAUUUGUCUUUCACUGUGCACCUCUGCUGAACCACCACACCACCAGCUACUUCAUUCAGACUAUGGCGUAUGCUGACCUCCUGGUGGGCGUGAGCUGUCUGGUGCCUUCUUUGUCUCUGCUGCACUAUCCUAUUGUUUUAAGUGAGUCCUUGGUUUGCCAAAUCUUUGGUUAUGUGGUAUCAGUGCUGAAGAGCGUCUCCAUGGCCUCUUUGGCAUGCAUUAGUAUUGACAGAUACAUUGCCAUCACGAAGCCGCUGACCUACAACACGCUGGUUACCCCAUGGAGACUUCGAAUCUGCAUACUGAUCAUUUGGCUGUACUCCUGCCUGGUCUUCUUACCCUCCUUUCACUGGGGAAAGCCUGGAUAUCACGGGGACGUGUUUCAGUGGUGUGCCAAUUCCUGGAACACCGAUCCCUAUUUUACCCUCUUCAUUGUGGUGAUGCUGUAUGCCCCGGCUGCUUUCAUCGUCUGCUUCACUUACUUCAACAUCUUCCGCAUCUGUCAGCAGCACACCAAGGAGAUCAACGAGAGGCGAGUGCGCUUCAGCUCUCAGGAUGGGGAGGCUGGGGAGGCGCAGCCCUGCCCGGACAAGCGCUAUGCCAUGGUUCUUUUCCGCAUCACCAGUGUCUUCUACAUCCUCUGGUUGCCCUACAUAAUCUAUUUUCUGCUGGAGAGCUCCAAUGUCUAUAGUAACCGCAUUGCAUCGUUCUUGACCACUUGGCUUGCCAUUAGCAACAGUUUCUGCAACUGUGUCAUUUACAGUCUCUCCAACAGUGUCUUUCAGAAGGGACUUAAGCGUCUCUCGGGGGCUAUUUGUGCCUCUUGCGCUAGACAGAGGGUAGCUAAGGACUCCUCUACCUCUAGGAGCAAAAGAUCUUCCAAUGGAUGUCAUGUCUAA